GCUUCAUUUGUUUUCUUCACCCGGAGCUCCCAUUUAUCAUCUGAUCGGUGAGCGAGGAGCCCAGCGGCGCGUCAUACGUGCGUUCCCACGGAAAGCGACAGCAUUUAAAACGAAGAAGGGAGAGGAAGAACUAGCGGAAUAGUCCCAGAUGUAGUCGCUCGUCAGACCGCAGUCAUGUCCAUUGAGUACACCAUUGAUAUCCAGCUGACGGAGUUGGGAUAUCCGGACAUCCUCCAGAACUCGUUCAGAGACUCGCCCUACCGCCCCGCGUCACCUGAUGACUCGUUCUCACCCAGUCGCGCUCCCACUUCUCUCUCGACCACACAGGUGCAAAGACUGCUGGUUCGAGGCCAGCAGCCGGUUGCUGGUAAAGAGGCUGCAAAACCGAGCACGGUGGUUCCUGCAGCUCCUCUGACAGACAACUGUACAACACAAACCCCCUCACACGGUCCAAGAGCUGUCAAAGCUGUUCCAACUCUUGAGCCCACGGCUGCUGGGCCAGAAGCUGCAGACCUUCUACAGCGGAUGACUGAGCAGGGGGACAACGGCAAAGAAGAUGCUGAUGAUGCUAACGCUGCACGAGAGGACGCGACAGAGAUGCAGAAUGCAGAGGAUCUCUCCGAUGACAGUGAGGUUUCAGAAAUGUAUGAGGAAGAAGAGGUCGAGGAGGAGGAUGAUGAUGAUGAUGAUGAUGAGGAGGAGGAGAGACAAAACGAUGAGUCGAAUCAUUCAGGCGGCUACCGCUGCAGUGUCUGUAAUCUGCAGCUGCCCUCCAAAUUCAAGCUCCAGGAUCACAUGAAUCUGCACACUGGAGCGCGGCCUUACUCCUGUGCCGAAUGUGGGAAGCGCUUCUGCCAGAUUUACAGCUACCGUGCCCACCUGCGCACGCACGCCCAGACCAAAGUGGAUCUUUUCCGGUGCCGCAUAUGUCUGCUGGACUUUGCGUCGCAGGAAUAUUUGAGAGUCCACCUGUCGAAAACUCACUUUGAGAAAGAGUUUUACGAGUGUGACCUGUGCAAACGGGUUUUCACUUCCCUGAAGGCGUGCGAAUAUCACGUGCGCUUCCACAAAUGCCAGCUGGAUGUCGUUUGUGAGAUGUGUGGCCGCAGUUUCUCCUCUCCAAAAUCUCUGGCGCGCCACCGGAAGUCGACGUGCCAUCGCAGUUUCAAAUGCACAGACUGCACAAAGACCUUUCCCAAGAAGAACGCUCUCCUGAAACACAGCUUCACCCAUCUCGGCUUGCUGCCUUACACUUGCAUACGCUGCCGCUGCCACUACCGCCUGGCAAAGCUGUACCGCAAACACAAGUGUGAACCCGAACGCAUUCACUGUGUGGCCUGUCUGCGAGAGUUUGUGAGUCAGGAGGACUUCCAGAGGCACAAAAAGGACACCGGCUGCUGGGGCAACCAGGAGCCUAAAGGGGAUGAGAUCAGAUGUUUGGAGUGCGGACAAAGAUUUGACACUUCGGAAGAGCUAAAGAAACACGCCGGGGCUCACCAGAGGGUUCUGAAAUGUGCCGAGUGUGGGAAGGGCUUUCGGUCGGCCUUGCUGUUAAUGUCCCACAUGGGGGGUCAUGCCGGCAACUCGCCCUGCCUUUGUCAGAGUUGCGGACUGGGCUUUCCCCACCAGCAGAACUAUGACAGCCACCUCAAGACCUGUGGACAAACAUCCCAGCCUGCGCGUGCGCCCAAGAAACGUCCGGCCUCGAAGAAGAAACCAGACUCAUCGCUUCCAACAGCCGCCAUGCCGCCUGCUGUCCUACACAACCCUGCUGCUCCAGUGAAGGAUUCUCGUAGUCCAGGACUUGUGACAGGGGGGGUCUCUGCUGGCACUGGUCAAUCGGAUGGAUUAUGGAAACUAACUCUCAACGAACAGCCGCCCCCAGGUGUCAAUCUUGUUGUGUUUCUCCCCGUCGGUACAACUCAAACCGACAGCCUGACACCCACCUCUGCAGGCUCUCCGGCUCUUGGAGCGAUGGCAAAUGGCCCCCUGAAUUUGGUAGCUGGGAUCAAACGGGAUCCACAGUGGGAAGCACCGCUGGAUUUGUCCAAUAAGUGUAAUUUAUCGACGUCAACUCUCAGCAGCGUUCCUCUUCCGCCUAUUACAAGUGAGCCAGGUGAAUUUGAAUCUCAAGAGAGAAUCACAGCACUGAAAGACAAGAUUAGUAGUUGAAACAAAUUUUGGGGAGACGGAUAGAAAUACUGAAGCAAUUUAAAGUGGAUCCCAUGGACCUCUUCAGUCGUACUGUUAACAAAACGUCCGCUGGACUGAUGGUAGAUAUAAAGAAAGAGCCUCGGUCUUCGGGUCCUGGUUUUGGUCCGUGGUCAUCCAGAUCCUGCCAGCUGAUGGAGGAAGAAAUUAAGAUGGAGGUUGACAUUGCUGAAGAAAAAUAAACGAUAAUAUUUUCAGUGACUGCUAAAUGUAAAAAAAGAAAAGAAUAAUAAUUACAUCGGUAGUCACAUUCCUUACUGGAGGUUGUGUCUACAUCCCCCCCACACUACCAUACCUCUAGCCACGUAAACAUAAGUGUUAUUCUACAGCCAGAACGGUAUCAUAUUCAGAAUUGUGUAUAUAUUUCUCUCAUCAUUAUACCAUCACUCCCUUGUAUGACAAAGCAGAUGUUUCUACUUUUUCCACUGUUAUGUAUAUACUCUUUCAAGAAAUUGACAUCAAGGGUAUUUCCAGCAGCCGACUGUGUGACCUUUUGGUUCAGAAUAAUAUUCUUGUUAUUAUUAUAUUAUUUUGUUUCCUCUGUAAUUUGAACAAAACAUUCCAAGCUGUUGCUUUUCAUGGCCUUUGUUUUUAUUUUCAUUCCGGGUAAAGCUUGCGGCAUGGGUCACCGGAGCAGAGGGGGACCCUAACUGUCAUGCAGCCUAUGCAAUAGCAUGCAGGAUUUCCAGAUUUCUACCUUUCUGUGUUUGUGCGGGGAAUUUAAAUCCCUUUUAGGUUUAUUAACGUGUAAUAAGUUGAAUGAAAACACUGGAUUUUUUUUUUCUAUUCAGCUGAGAACCGUUUAGUACUUUUAAAAACAUAUUUAAUGAAUAAAAAUGGUGGUAGUUGUGGUACAAAAAUAUGACAUUCUGUCACCUUGUGAUGUACAUUUGCUGAAUCUUGACACUGCAGGUGCAUCUUUUGAUGUAAAAAUAAAUAAUAAAAAAAAGGCAAAUAAACAGUUUUCCAUGAUGCAAUACCA